CUUCAUCCUGGAUUUCACAAACUAAAACAAGGGAGGCUGGCAGGAGGACAGCACGGUCGGACUGAGGAAAUUGACGACGGCGAAGCAUGUGGGCAACACACUGUAUAAAGCUCAUAAACUUGUAGGCUGAUGUGCAGCUACUUCUUUGGAUUCCUCAUUGCUGCUUCUCUCAGCACAAAACCACAAGGCUGAAUGUUAAACCUGCUCUUUGGAACUGAGCGUUUAGCACUGUGAGACAUGAAGAACUUCCUGUUUUUCACCAUCCUCCUGGUACCAGUGCACAUCGGAACUGCUUGGAGUGCAAAAUAUGCAGUUGAUUGCCCUGAACCUUGCGACAGUAAUGUGUGUAAAAGUACUUUGCGCUGUAAGCGAACAGUGCUUGACGACUGUGGCUGUUGCAGAGUCUGUGCAGCAGCCUUGGGGGAGACUUGCUACCGCACUGUCUCAGGUAUGGAUGGUGUCAAAUGUGGGCCUGGGCUGAAGUGCCAGUUUUACACUGAGGAGGAUGACUUUGGUGAUGAAUUUGGUAUCUGCAAAGAAUGUCCUUAUGGUACCUAUGGAAUGGAAUGCAGAAAAACUUGCAACUGCCAGUCUGGUAUAUGCGACAGAGUAACUGGAAAAUGUUUGAAGUUCCCAUUUUUCCAACUUUCUGCUUCAAAGCCACCAAACAGACGAAAAUUAAUUUCACAUACAGAGAAUGACAUGGCAUCGGGGGAUGGUAACUCUGUAAAGGAGGAAUUUGUCAAAGAGAAAGUAAUUAGCUCUCCAGUAAUGAAAUGGUUAAAUCCUCGCUGAUAUUUACUUACAUUGGUAGGACUUUCAAAUGACCGCAUUUCUCACACAUUAUUGAAUAUGCAACAACACACUUUAAAAACAAAGUACAUCUAUAGCAUAUGAAAAUGUAACCUCUGAAGACCAGUUGUGAUUCUGUGCAUCGUCAGAAAAAAUGUUUACUUACAAAAUAGACUGUACAGUUUAUAUGAUUUUUGAUAUUUGUUUUGAUAAGUAUUUCAACACUGAAAUGUAUUAUGGAUUGCUGAAUGUAUAGUCAUAUUGAAAACCAGUACCUCCCCCCACCAGCAUUUGAACAAUGUGUAAGGGCCCAUUCCUGCAUUUCCCAUGCAAGAAAAUUCCUGUUGAAUUCAAUGGAUGUUUUGUGUGAGUAAAAGCUGCUGAUGUGGAGCCAACGUUAGGGUGAUGCAAGUUAACAAAAGCUUGGAAAUGCAGAGUUAAAAACUGAUGUCUUUGACUCACACCAGUAAGAAUAAUACUAAUGUAAAGGGCACAAUGGUGUGAAUUCAAUAAAUCAACCUUAACUUUGAAUAUUUUGGCUUUUGUUAGUUUUGUGACAAUUAACAAGGUGUAAACAUUACUUUAAGCCAGCGGUUCUCAAACUGUUGGUUGGGACCCCAUUUUAAUGGGGUUGCCAGGCCAGCAUUAGACUUGCUGGGAGCCUGGGUUGAAGCCCAAGCCCGAGCUCCACCCAGAUCUGGGGCAUCGGGACUCGGGCUCUGGCCCCCUAAACCCCCACCCAGGGUGGCGGGGCUUGAGCUCCAGCCCCAUCUCCCCCCACCUGUGGCAGUGGGGAUCUAACCACCCCCCCCUCCCCCAGGUCACAUAGUAAUUUUGUUGUCAGAAGGGGGUCGUGAGGCAACAAAGUUUUAAAACCGCUGCUUUAAACUCAUCAUUUGAACUUAUACAAUGUGCAUUACUUACCUGACAUUAUGUAAAGACACAUACAGUAUUAAAGUAUAUUCCCAAGGGUGGCUUUUGUGUUCAAUAGCCUGCAAUGGCCCUGAAGGAGUACUGGAGUAUCAGCAUAAAUAUGCAUUAUAAAUAAUCCAUGUCAGAGAUUCUGGAGACACUAGGAUACCCUAGUGACUAAUUCUUCAUCCCCUUCUUAAUGCCUAAACUUUCAUCCCUUUAAGGGGUUGUAGGAGUGGCCAAUUGCUCAGUCAGUCCAUAUUUGGUUAUGUAUCAAAUUGGCAUAAAACAUCAUAAUGUUUAUAUAGGCACACCUUAAAACCUUCUUAUAUAAUAGCCAUUACUGCCCCUGUGCAGAAACCCAUUUGUAAAAAUUAAUACUUUGUGGUUUUUACUUAAAAAAAGAAAAAGACACAGAUCCUUAGAUAGUGUAAAUUAAUCUAGCUCCAUUUAAGUCAAAGGAGCUACUUUGAUUUACAUAUCUGAGGAUCUGGCUCAUAAAAUAAAUCGAUCUAAUUGGAGACCCAGUCUGGUUUCCAUUGAAAUUAAUUGUAGUUUUGUUAUUAACUUCAGCGAGGGAAGGUGCAGGCCAUACUGAUGGUAAUUUGGUGUAGGAUCUGAAAACGUAUGUAAAAGCACCCAAUAAAAGAAACCCGAAAUAGUUUCAGAGUUAUUAGGGACUGAUCACAGCCUAUUAAAGUCAACCCGAGUCUUUCCACUGACUACAAUGGAUUUUGCAUUAGGCCCUAAAAGAACAAAAAUUAUAUUAAAACAGGGAAUGUCUACAAAUUAAAAGUGGUUAAAUGGACAACAGUCAGAAAAAGAAACAGAAAACCAUGGCUGACAUACAACACCUUUUGGACUGGGCUAAAUUGUUAUGACUGAAGUAGGGAUUUUAAUGGAAGUGCUGUCACAAAUCACAACUACAGUGGCACAGAAAGUACCUCUGUAAAAUGCUGUAUUGGUUUGAAACAUUUACAGGCAUAAGGGCUGAUCCUGUGGCUACUGAUGUCAGUGACAAUUUCUGCAUUGACUUCAAUGGGAACAGGGUCUUCUUUAUUGGGCCAGAUAAAGUUAUUUAAAUGUCUUUUAAAUACUUACAUGCUUUUUUUUUUGUUAUUUCCUACAGUGUCAUGAAUGACAUUAUGGAUUCUUGAAUGUAAAUCUAAUA